AUGGAGAAGCUCAAGGAUGGUCCGUCUACCGAGACUAAUCCGGUGUCGAAAAGUGAUGAAGACGUUGCUCGAGGCUCAGUCACGGAGAUAGCUUCCGGUGCUCAAUCUCUGCAUCGCAGUCUGCGCGGUAAGGAGGUUCAGCUCUUCGCCAUUGGCGGUGCAAUUGGUACCUCCUUAUACGUACAGAUGGGCUCCGCUCUGCCUAAGGGUGGACCAGCUGGAUUGUUCAUCGCAUUUCUCAUCUGGUCAGGAGUGAUGUGGGCGGUGAAUGAAUGCUUUGCUGAGAUGGUUUCUUACCUCCCGGUGCCAUCACCCUUCAUCAAGUUCGGCAGUGCGUGGGUGGAUGACGCCCUCGGUUUCGCCAUGGCAUGGAACUUCUUCCUCAAUAUGGCAAUCUUGGUCCCCUUCGAGAUCGUCGCGAUGAACAUCAUGAUAACAUUCUGGACCGACAAGGUUCCUGUUGAGGCCAUCAUUGUAGCAAUGAUCGUCCUCUAUGCCAUUCUGAACACAAUCACAGUACGGUACUUCGGUAUCUCCGAGUUCUACAUGUCCAUCUUCAAGGUCCUCCUGAUGAUCGGCUUGUUCUGUUUUACCUUCAUAACUAUGGUUGGAGGAAACCCUCUUCACGAUGCUUACGGCUUUCGAUACUGGAAGACUCCUUUCGUCGAACACUUGGAGCCUGGCGAUACUGGCAAGUUUUUGGGCGUUCUUUCUUGCUUGUAUCAAGCGAGCUUCUCUAUCACUGGUCCAGAGUACAUCUCGAUUGUCGCUGCGGAAACCGAGAAUCCUCGCAAGAUAUUACCCCCUGCCUUCAGAUCCUUCGUCUGGCGUCUGCUUGUGUUCUUUGCCGGCUCUGCGCUAUGUAUUGGUAUUGUUAUCCCAUACAACGACCCCACGCUUCUGGCAAUACUCGGUGGUGACGUGGGAGGAAGCGGCACAGGUGCUGCGUCGCCCUACGUUAUCGCAAUGCAAAGACUCAAGAUCUCUGGACUGCCUCAUCUAGUCAAUGCCCUCAUCAUGACGUCCAUCUUGAGUGCCGGUAACGGGCUAUUGUAUUCGGCCGCUCGCACGCUCCAUGGCAUGGCACUCGAAGGUCACGCCCCACGUUUCUUUUCGCGUUGCACCAAGCAAGGUGUUCCGCUGUAUGCACUCUGCUUCUCUCUGUGCUUCUGUCUGCUCGCUUUCAUGCAGGUCAAGAGUUCUUCUGCAGUGGUCAUGACCUACCUCGUAGACCUGAUCACAUGUUGUCAGAUGCUCAACUACGGCUUCACGGCAUUGACAUAUCGACACUUCUUCUCAGCACUCAAGAAGCAAGGAAUCUCCAGAGAUUCACUCCCGUAUAAGGGAAAAUUUCAGCCGUACACCUCUUACCUAGCCAUGGGAGGCACUCUCUUCAUGCUUCUCGCAGGAGGAUACGAUGUCUUCCUCAAAGGUCGUUGGAGUGUUAUGUGGUUCUUCCUGGACUACGCAAUGAUUGGAUUUUUCAUUAUUGCAUUCGUAUCCUGGAAGUUGGUCUUCAAGAGUACUUAUGUUCGCCCUGGUACUGCCGACUUGAGCUUGGGUGGAUUGCGGGAGGAGAUCGACGCCUAUGAAGCCACCUUCAUCCCGCGCAAGCUUGGAAGGGCCGGAAGACUUCUCAACAAGGUCUUUGAGUAG